AUGGGGUCAAAUGAAGCUCUUGAAAAACCUGCUGACAUGGCUGAAAGUGAUCUUGGUCCUCUUGAUGGGACUAUUGGGGAUGGUAUUGCUGGAGCUAUGGCUGGUCCUGAAUAUGGCACCGCUGCUCAAGGAAGUGGAGUUGGGCCUGCUGGUGACGGAUUUGUUCCCACGAAUGACCUCACAAGAGGAGGAUCUUCCUUAGAUAGGAAGAGAAAGAGAACCCAUGCUGUUGACGAAGGUGAGGCUGCUCUCAUCACCAACAUGACAGAAUCUGUGCGUGAGGUGGCUGCAGCAAUACGUGCUACUGCUUAUACGGAGGUCUGAACCUUCUGGACUAUAGUUGUGACCUUAGGGUGUGAAACAAUCUGAACAGAUUCUUCGGUAUGCUGCCACAGAUGCACUGAGAUUUGAAUCAUCAAUUGCCUAUUAGUUGUAAUAGCUCUUCUUUUAGAAUUAUGCAGGAACUGUUAUGUUGCGUCAAAAAUUUUAUAUAUACAUUCCAAACAGCCCCUCACUGAUAACAUUGGGACAUGCAGCUAGUCAAUUUUAAUAAAUUUGGUGUGUCAACACAGUAGAUGAGGAGAGCGCAGCAGUGGUUAUGGUGAUAUUUGUAUUUCAAGCCAAAAUCUGAUUUUAAU